AUGCCGUCCGAUCCAGUGGAAAGAUACAAAGAAUUACUUGCAAAGGAACCUAGAAUUGAUGACAAAUAUGUGAUUAUUGAUGUUAAAUGGUUAAAACAUUGGAAACGCUUUAUUGGUAUCGAUAAAUCAGAUGAAGAACAAGUCACUGAACCAGGUCCAAUAGACUUCACAACAUUAGUCGAUCCAGCAACAGCCAACAGUUCCAAUGAAGUUCAACUUCGUUCAGAUGUUGUUGAAGGAAAUGAUUAUACCUUCAUUCCAUAUGGACUUUAUAUAGAACUAGAACAGACAUAUAACAAAAUCGGCCUCGAAAUAAUUCGUAGAGUAAUCCCACAGGGUCAAUUUCAAACUGUAAUUGAAGCCUUUCUUGUACCGCUACGACUACGCGAAUCAAGAGAUGAUAAUGCAAAAAUAAAACAAAUUUAUCGUAGUCGUCGAACAAAGAUAGAAGAAAUAAAAAAAGAUAUUUGUAAUGAAUUUUGUAUUCAAUUAAGAUGGAACUAUCGAUUAUAUUCAUCAGUGGAUGAAAACGGUCAAAAGUGGGAACUCGUUGAUGAUGGACUAUCGUCAACUCUUGAAGAUGUCGGUUUAAUAAAAAAUGCAUUUAUCACAUAUGAAGACCGAUCAUUAUCACUAGAGACAGCUUCUUUAUCAAGAACACAGUUCCCUCGAGGACUUUGUGGUUUAUCAAAUUUAGGCAAUACUUGUUUCAUGAAUUCAGCCUUACAAUGUUUAUCAAAUGUUCCAGCACUAACAGUAUAUUUUCUUAGUGAUACAUAUAAAGAACAUAUAAACCUUGAUAAUCCAUUAGGUAUGAAAGGUGAUGUUGCUAUAGCAUAUGGUAAAUUAAUACAUGAAAUGUGGUCAGGUAAUACAGAUUUUUGUGCACCAAAAUUUUUGAAACAAAGUGUUGCAAAUUAUGCACCACAAUUUGGUGGUUAUUCACAACAAGAUUCACAAGAAUUUAUGUCAUUUUUACUUGAUGGUUUACAUGAAGAUUUAAAUCUUGUCAAAGUAAAACCAUAUGUAGAAAAACAAGAUGAUGAUGGAAACGCUGAUGAUUCAACAUUAGCUAAGGAACAAUGGGAAUAUUAUCGAAAACGAAAUCAAUCAAAGAUUCAAGAUAUAUUUCAUGGACAAAUCAAAUCUCUUGUGCAAUGUCUUACGUGUGGAACAAGAGCACGUACAUUUGAUCCAAUCUGUUUUCUAAGUUUACCAUUGCCAGUUAAAGCCAAACUACGAAAAUUUAAAAUCGAUUAUGUUCGUUUAAGUGGACAAAUUAAAACUUAUCAUAUUAAAUGUGAUGAAGAUGGUCAUGUAUGUAAUUUAGUUCAACAGUUUUGUAAUCGUUUUGAAGAGAAAAAGAAAAAAAUUCAUGAAAGUGAAUCUAUGGUAACUGAUGUCGCAACGAAAUCUGGUGAAACUAAUCAAGAUGAAGAUGAAGAUGAAGAUGAAGAGGAUGAAGAUGAAGAUGAAGAUGAAGAGGAUGAAGAAGAAGAUUUUACAAAAGAAGACGAUUAUGAUAGACAUAAACCUAAACCAGAUUAUAUUGUAGCAGUUGAAGUUUACAAACAUAGAAUUAAUUUACAAUAUAGAGACAAUACUCCGUUAACAGCUAUAUUCAAAUAUGAUCAAAUUGUUUUUUAUGAGGUACCUAAUUCAUUAAAAAAAGAAGACAGUGAGAAUAUUUUAAUUCCAUGCAUAUUUCGAGAUGACUAUUAUCACUAUGAUUUUGGCUUACCUAUUUAUCUUACUGUACCAAGACAAAAUUGUAAAGGAAGAGAUAUUCAAGAAGCAUUGCAGAAAACAGUCAGUAAGUUUCUUCCAUUAUCUUCAACGGAUUCAUCAGAUAAACCAUUUUAUACUGCUUCAUUGACAAUCAGCCAAAGUUAUUAUCCAACAACUCAACCAUUAGAAUCACUUCUUGAUGAGCAUAUUGAUUUUACUCGCAUAAGUAGAACACUUAUUGUUGAUGUUGUAUCAUCAGUUGUUGAACAAUAUAAAAAACGAGAAGAAGAAAAACGAGAAGAAAAGGAUCCUGUUUCACCUAUGACCUCUGGUGUUCAAACACGUAGUCAACAAAAACGAGCAACAACAUUAUUAGAUUGUUUUAAAUAUUUCACAAAAAAAGAAGUAUUAUCGGAUGACGAUCUAUGGAAAUGUUCACAAUGUAAUGAAUUAAAAAAAGCUACAAAAAAAAUUGAUAUAUGGCGUUUACCAAAAGUUUUAAUUGUACAAUUAAAACGUUUUAGUUAUACGCGUCAUUUUCGCGAUAAAAUUGAUUUAUUUGUUGAUUGUCCAAUACGUGAUUUAGAUUUAUCCAAAUUUGUUCUAAAUUCAGAUGAAAAACCACAAGCAAAAUAUGAUUUAAUUGCUGUUAGUAAUCAUAUGGGCUAUUUAGGUGGUGGACAUUAUACAACACAUGCAAAAAACUCUAUUGAUAAAAAAUGGCAUACAUUUAAUGAUUCACAUGUAUCAGAAGUCAAUGAAAAUGGUAUUAUUGGUGAAGAAGCUUAUGUUCUUAUUUAUCAACAACAAAGACAAUUAUUAUCAGAAAACGAAUGUGCACAGAAAUGA